CUAGGUUUCUCCGCCUAAUGAAAAUGGUAUUGUCUACUCUCCAAGUUGGGGUAGUCAUGUCAAAAGACCCUGGUACGAGAGGUAUCAACCUGUCAGCUACAAAUUAGGUACAAGAAGUGGGGACCAGAGUGCUUUCAAGGAUAUGGUUACUCGUUGCAACAAUGCUGGAGUCAGGAUCUACGUGGACGUCGUCAUUAACCAUAUGACUGGAGACAUAGGCGCUGGUCACGGUACUGCGGGAAGCUACUUUGAUCCUGGAGCACAGAAAUACGAUGGUGUACCAUACAGCUACUUGGACUUUAACUCGAAAGAAAAGUGUCAAACUAGGAGUGGAAACAUCGAAAGUUAUCACGACGCGAAUCAGGUUAGAAACUGUAAGCUUGAGGGCCUGAAUGACCUUGACCUAAGUAAAGGGUAUGUCAGAGGUAAGAUCACUGACUACAUGAACAAGCUCAUCGACAUAGGAGUAGCAGGGUUUCGAGUGGACGCUUCGAAACACAUGUGGCCUGGAGACCUUCAGGCCAUAUUCGGCAGUCUGAAGGACUUAAACCCCAAGUGGUUUAGAAGUAAUACUAGACCGUUCAUUGUUAUGGAAGUUAUCGACAUGGGGGGCGAGGCUGUCAGUGCAAAAGAAUACACACAUCUAGGCCGAGUGACAGAAUUCCGCUAUGGAUUUAAACUGGGAAAUGUCGUCAGAAAAAACGGCGGAGAAAAAAUGCAAUAUUUGAAAAAUUUCGGCCAACCGUGGGGAUUCGUGGAAGGAAACAACGCCCUCGUUUUUAUUGACAACCACGACAACCAAAGGGGGCAUGGUGCUGGCGGUUUUGGAGUCAUUUUAACGCACUUUGAUUCGCGAAUGUACAAGAUGGCGACGGCUUUUAUGUUGGCAUGGUCAUACGGUUUCCCUCGUCUGAUGAGUAGUUACUCUUGGCCAAGACAAAUUGAAGGUGGUAAGGACAAGAAUGAUUGGAUUGGUCCUCCUUCUGACAACUUCAACACCAAACCGGUCAUCCGUAAUCCCGAUCUCACGUGUGGUAACGGUUGGGUCUGCGAACACAGAUGGCGCCAAAUGUACAACAUGGUGAGAUUUAGAAAUGCAGCCGGCUUAAGUAAGAUGACAAACUGGUGGGAUAAUGGCGGAAACCAGAUUGCAUUUAGCCGAGAAAACAAGGGAUUCAUCGCUAUCAACAACGAGGAUUACACUCUAGACAAACAACUUCAAACUGGACUUCCUUCCGGAACUUACUGUGACGUCAUAAGCGGUAACAAAGAAGGAGAUCGGUGUUCUGGACGCACCGUAAAAGUAGAUAGUUAUGGGAACGCCAAAAUCCAUAUAGAUAAUAAAUGGGAAGAUCCCAUGAUUGCUAUUCAUAUAGAGGCCAAGUUGUAAGAGAUUGAAUCA